GACACGUCAAACCACCUGCAUAAGGUUCGUCUCCGCGAAUUACGAUAUCAGCUGUACCGGCCGGCCGGCUCCAAAUUCUCGAACGGACUAUCUUGACUCAGGAAAAAAGAGCCUCAUCAAUUCGGCUUAUGUCGGCGUCAGAUCUUGUCAUCUACAUCGCGAGGGCAGUCUUGCGUAAUGUAUGGAUCUAGUAUAUCUACUCCUUCGCCAGGAGGCCGCUCGAGCUGACGAGAUUGCCGAGAUCCUCACCAACAUAAAACGCUAUGACAGGGAGCAUGUGCAGGAGAUUAGUUUGGCACUUGAGGAACUGCACUUGCUCAGCUGGACGUUUCGCAAGCUCGACAAUCAGAUUCGCGCUCCGGGUUGCAGACUCGGCACAACUUUCUCACGAGACCUGAGACUUCUCCAGCUUAGUGCCGCAUUCACUCUACAGGAUGUUUGGACGAUACUCGGGAAGAUCCCUGAGGUUGCGAUCGACAUCGAUUAUCUGACCGCUUGGCAAAAUGUGAGGCUGUAUUGCCGUCAUAUGGGCGAGCAGAAUCUCUUCACGAUAUUGAAAACCUACAAACAUUUUGCAUAUGGACUGCGCAUGUUUCUGCUAAGGCAUUCCUAUAGCCAAGAGCAUAUGGACAGUCUUCGCCAUCAAAUAUACGACCUACAAAUGAAGCAGCUACUCAAUCGACGACCGAUCCCCCCCGCAGAGAAUUUCCAUACGCUUUCCCUGGUUCCGGUUCAGCAGUCAGUCAUCAGACCACCGCAUCAGUGGCCCAUUUCACCGACAUUGUCCGAGUACAGCGACGAGGUUCAUUGGCGUCCAGCGGCUCCUAGUCCGCCAGCCUUGUCGCCUACAACUACGUUUUCCACAACGAGUCAUGCUUCGAGCGCAGAAUCGGAGAUCGGUCAUUGGGCGAGCAGGAUCUUUUCCGACUUACCAGCUACCAUGCUGGACGGUGACCCUGAACGGUCUCGCUACAGUGACAAAUACCUUCGUGGAUCCAGCAUUCUUCCAGGUGCUGAGUAUAAGAAGAUUUUCCAAAUAAAGUUCCCUGGGAAUUUCCGAAUCAAGCUCUACUUGAGAUCCAGCGACUAUCGAUGUGAGAUUGUGUGUACAUGGCCGGAGGACCGUCACAGCGAUGGGGGACAUUCCUGCAUGCCGCUUGAUGAAUUGCACAUAAAACGGGCCGGUCCUCUUCUGCACCUGUGUUAUCCAACAAUCGAGUCCCCCCAUAUAUGCUGGGCCAUGCUCAAAUUCACUGCAUACGAAAUGCUGGUCAUUUUUCAUUGUACGUUCUUGUCUUUGCGUUCUCAUAACCGUGCACGAUAUGCGAGUAACGAAUUCGACCACGAGGUCAAAGGGGAAUCGUGUGAGUUUGGAGGGACUAUACUUGAUGUCGGAUACAGGCAUGCUCUGCGCCUCUGGCGGGACGAGGCCACCAAUGUUGUGAGGCUUGAAGCCUCCGUGCUCAACGGCGUCAUGAAGCACUGCCCUAUCUGGACGGCCUUUAUAACGCAUUCAAUCACUUCCCCCACCUGGUUUCACCGGCCCAGGAGAAGUGCUACCGUUUACUUGGCCGAGUUGCAACGGCAUGUCUUUUCCUCACAGUAUUCGCCUUAUACAUGCCCAAGUGGGGAACAUUGUCUCGAAUUUGAGGACGACAAAGACGCAAAAGAUUUUGUCAAAGCCAUUGAACGUCUCGGCGAGGAACAUGGCCGGAUGGCAAGCGCGCCAUGAUGGACAAUUGGACACUUGGACACUUUGACGACGUGAUGACACUUACGACCUAACGAACUUGAACGAUCUAAGGAUCAUGACUGAAUGACAUGGGCGGCAAUAGCGUUGCUUGAGAAUGUUAUUUGGCCGCACAGCGAGGCGCCUUGCAGUUCUUAGAAUACCCUCUGCGCAGGUUUUGUUUCUUGAUAUGUCGUUCUCAGCUCGUUUCAGUGCUCCAAGUGCCUGACAGGGGGUGCUUGUGUGGUGGAAAAGCCAGCAGCUUUGUCUUUCUGCUACUUCUAGCUCGACAAGAAACAGAUAUUCGAACUGUCAUACGAGUUUACCGGGUAGUAUCGGCACCCAUGGCCAUGUCGACUGCAUGCCUGGUUUGCUUAAUGUUCUUGCAUUU